CCAUUUUCCUCGUCGCAUUGCGAGUCGCCGGUGAACCAUGGGGAAAGGGACGGAUAAACUUUACAUCACUCAUUCAGAAUGGUCGUCUUCAGACGCCUUCUCAGCGAAUACCGGCUCGCGUGCCGCUCAAGACGUCGGCGCAUCGUUUAAACGCCUACCAUUCAACUUUUGCGCCGCUAGUCUUCAACCCUUUAAGAAUCCCGUCUGCACUUCAGAUGGAACCAUAUUCGAUGUCGAAGUUAUCUCGAAAUGGCUCGAAACCCACAAGACCAAUCCCAUAAACGGAGAACCUCUGGCAGCACGCGACCUCAUCAAACUCAAUUUCGCACGUAACGGGGACAUCGAUUCGAAGGGCGCAGAUGGAUCAGGUAGUGACGGGAAAGGAGACUUGAUUGAUCCGGUCACUUUCAAGAUAUUCACCGACAAUACACACAUUGUUGCGAUCCGACAUGGGACGUACGCGAACGUUUUCGCCUGGGAGACGGUGGAAAGGAUGAACAUCAAAGCAAAAAUGUGGCGCGAUCUGGUAGAUGAUGCAGAGUUUGGUCGCUCUGACAUCAUCACCCUCCAAGAUCCCCAGAAUAUUGGGAGCAGAGACUUAAGUCAGUUUCAGCAUUUAAAGGAUGGCGGAGAUGCGCUUUUGACAAAUAAACAAGAGGAAGACCAAAAGGCAGGCAAUAUCAACAUUAAUGCUUUAGGAAGAGUGGGCGACAAGGUCCUGAGGGCGAAGGAGGCGGUAGAGAAGGCGAGAAAAGAGCGUGAAGCCGGCAAGGACGUCAAUCGCUCAUCCAAGGCAGUCACAAAGGCGGUAGCGGGCAAUACUGUUCGGCCAUCUAUGAUACAGGAAAGGAAACAAGUCUACAAUGCGGCAGCAUAUACCACGGGUAGAGCCGCAGCAAGUUUCACGAGUACCGGAUUGACCCCGGAGACCAGCGGCGAAAGAGCCAUUCUUACAGACGAGGAAUACAUGUUAAAGCCGAAGAGGGUAAAGAUAAAAGGUUACGCUCGAAUUGAGACAAAUCUGGGUGAUUUAAACAUAGAGUUGCAAACAGAGUACGCUCCGAAAGCAGUCUGGAAUUUUACCCGACUUGCUCAGAAGGGCUAUUACAAGGAUGUUGCCUUCCACCGCAACAUCAAGAACUUCAUGAUCCAAGGAGGCGAUCCUUCUGGGACCGGUCGAGGAGGCACAAGUAUAUGGGGCAAGAACUUUCAAGACGAAUUCGACGGGCCGUUGACGCACGACUCCCGUGGCUUACUCAGCAUGGCUAAUAAGGGCAAAAACACGAAUUCCAGCCAAUUCUUCAUUACUUACCGCCCGGUGAAACAUCUCGAUCGGAAACACACCAUAUUUGGCAAGGUUGUUGGCGGCACGGACGUGUUAAAUAAAUUGGAGGCAGUCCCUACAGAUGGCUCGGACCGGCCCCUGAACAAGAUCUACAUCAAGGACGUCGUCGUAUAUCUCGACCCGUUCGACGAAUUCCUAAAGCAGAAAGCCGAGCGCGACAAAGCUGCCGAAACGAAGGCGGAGAUCGCGAGGUCCGGCGGAACUGAAGACGACCGGGUGACGUGGACGGGGAAACGAGUUAGGCAAGACGGCACGGUCGACCAGGACAAUAGCAGUGGAAGUGUGGGCAAGUAUCUCCAAGCUGCGAUGAAACAGCAGGAUGUCGAAGACGAGAUUAUCGAGGAAGACGUUGAUACAUGGGAAGAGCCGGUGAAGAAAAGGGCAAAAGUUGGCGGGUUUGGUAAUUUUGAUAAUUGGUGAAAACCGGAUUGCAUUGCGUGGCGUUUGGGGAUACCCGGCAGGUCCAUAGGCACUAAAUCGGUAUGUAAUGAAUUUAUCGUCUUGUAUACGGCAGCGUUCAAUAUGAAGAGGGAAAAAAAGCAA